AUGUGCCACGUCCCCGCAGUCCCCGGCAGCACCACGGUGCUGGUGGAGCUGACCCCCGACAUCCACAUCUGCGGCAUCUGCAAGCAGCAGUUCAACAACCUGGACGCCUUCGUGGGGCACAAGCAGAGCGGCUGCCAGCUCACCAGUGCCACGGCUGGCGCCACCAGCACCGUCCAGUUCGUGUCCGAGGAGACCGUGCCAAGCACACAGGCUCAGAGCACGAGCAGGACCAUCGCCUCCGAGACACAAACCAUCACAGUCUCUGCCCCAGAGUUUGUUUUUGAGCAUGGCUACCAAACCUACCUGCCCAGCGAGAGCACGGAGCCUCCAGCUGCUGCUGUCGUCUCCACACCACCAAAAGCGAGGCCCAAGAAAUCCUCCUCCUCCGUGCCCCUGAAGAAACUCAGCUGCCUGUACCCAGGGUGCCAGUUCAAGACUUCCUAUGGUAUGAAGGAUUUGGAACGUCAUCGGCGAACGCACACAGGAGACAAGCCCCACAAGUGCGAGGUGUGCGGGAAGUGCUUCAGCCGCAAGGACAAGCUGAAGAUGCACACGCGCUCGCACACGGGCGUGAAGCCCUACAAGUGCAAGCACUGCGAGUACGCGGCGGCCGACAGCAGCAGCCUCAACAAGCACCAGCGCAUCCACUCCAACGAGCGCCCCUUCAAGUGCCAGAUCUGCCCCUACGCCAGCCGCAACUCCAGCCAGCUCACCGUGCACCUGCGCUCGCACACAGGGGAUGCCCCGUUCCAGUGCCAGGUGUGCCCCGCCAAGUUCAAGAUCAACUCGGACCUGAAGCGGCACCUGCGGGUGCACUCGGGGGAGAAGCCCUACAAGUGCGAGUUCUGCGAGGUGCGCUGCGCCAUGAAGGGCAACCUGAAAUCCCACGUGCGCAUCAAGCACAGCAUGGAGAACACCCUCAAGUGCCCCGAGUGCGACUUCCAGUGCGGCAACAAGACCAGCCUGCGGCACCACAUCCGCAGCCACCAGCCCGAGCAGCCCGUCAAGUGCUCCGAGUGCAGCUACUCGUGCUCCAGCAAGGCGGCCCUCAAGGUGCACGAGCGCAUCCACGGCAAGGAGCGGCCCUUCAAGUGCGACUUCUGCAGCUUCGACACCAAGCAGCGCAGCAACCUCACCACGCACGUCCGCAAGGCCCACGGCGACAAGGCCAAGGGCAAGAAGCAAGACACGAAGGAAGGAGAGAGGCCAAAGCAGGGCGGCUCCAGGCAGGUCGCCAAGCUGGACGCCAAGAAGGCCUUUAAGUGCGACCUGUGCGAGGCGUCCUUCGUGCGGGAGGACUCUCUGCGCAGCCACAAGAAGCAGCACAGCCUGUACAACGGCUCCAAGAACAACGAGCUGGCCGUGCUGCAGCUGCAGAUGGACGCCGGCCGCCAGCCCGGCGCCCCCAUCGCCGUCAGCCACCUCCAGGUGCCGCUUCAGGCCGCCCAGGUGGCCCCGUACAACGAGGGCAGAGUCAAGAUCAUCGUGGGCCACCAGGUGCCUCAGGCCGGCGGCGUCGUGCAGGCCGCCUCCGUGAACGUGGUGCCCCCCGGGCUGCUGGGCGCGGGGCAGGAGGAGGUGCUGGGCAGCGGCCGCCUGCAGCUGCUGGGCCAGGUCAGCGUGCUGGCCCCGGCCGCGGUGGCCGCGGGCGACGCGGGGCCGGUGGCCGAGCCGGCCGUGCUGCUGACCGCCCACGAGCAGGCCGAGGGCAGCGCCCUGCUCCCCGGGGCCGGCCCCGGCCACGAGCCCCCCGCCGGCCAGGCCUUCAUCGCCAGCUCCGGCAUCAGCUGCUCCGACCUGGAGGGGCUCAACGCCCUCAUCCAGGACGGGGCCACCGAGGUGACCGUGGUCAGCGACGGCGGGCAGAGCAUCACCGUGUCCACGGCUGCUCCUCCUCCACCCAUCUUCUCCUCCUCCUCCCACGCUGAGGGCCCCAAGCAGGGCUAUUCCAUCAUCCAGAGCGGGGCUCAUACAGCCCUGCUGUGUCCCGCUGACUCCAUCCCCGAUUAGGGCUGCUCUGGCACU